AAUAUCUAAAUGGGAAAUUGACAGUGCCAGUCUGUUACCAAGUUAUGUGAUGUACACGAUCAUAAACUUCAGUGCGGUCCUUGAAGUUGUGAAAACGUGCAACAGUUGCACACAUUAACAAGAUUAAGGAUAUUUCAGAAAGAUAAAUAAACAUCUGAGAAAUAAUGGUGGUAUUCAUUUCAUUUAUCAAUUAUCUUUAGAUGUCUUUAAGUGCAAAUUCAUGAAAUAAAACGAAACAAAAUGGGAUCUGAAGAAGUUGAAAAGGAGCAAAAUAGCAAGAAACAACUGUGCAAGUCGAUCGCACAGGUAGCUUUCUCUCACAUCGGUCUGUGCUUGAUUGUCUUCUCAUACUGCGUACUUGGUGGCGUUCUCUUUGAACUUUUAGAGAAGGACAACGAGAUACAAGCAUGCGUAGACUCGAGGAAAGAGUACAUCGAUAUGGAAAACGAAACAUUGUUCAGUCUCCUUGACGUCGUUUUGAACAACCAACUCAACUCGGAGGCGGCAGACGCGCAGCUUCUGGGCGUGUUUGAGACGUUUCGAAACAAUUCAUUCUCGAUCUCCUACGACGGGAGUUGGUGUGAGGGGUAUGGUCAGCCGGACGGACCCAUGCAUGAAUGGACGUUUGCCGGUGGACUAUUCUUCUCGAUGACCGUGAUCACAACCAUAGGUUACGGUCACAUCUCCCCAAAGACAAUGUGGGGCAGGAUCCUAUGCAUAUCGUACGCGAUGAUCGGAAUCCCUCUGAUGCUACUCUUUUUGUCGAACAUCGGUGACAUCCUGGCCGACGUAUUCCGUUACGUGUACGCAAAGGUCAUCUGUUGUGGCUGCAUGAGACCGAAGCGAAAGGGGAGACAACAAGAGGAUCAAAGAUCUGACACAAGCUCGCCGGAUAUUCACGAACCGCAUUCUGAUGAAAAACCAAAAUUUUCAACUAUUGCAAAACUUGAACCCGGGUUUGCCACCAUAAUCGCACAACGGCAGAUGGGGUCGCGAGCGAGGAUUGUGAACACUGGCUCAACGAGCACACAUGAAGGAAUCGAAGUCACACAACGGAUUGGGUCAAUGGGCGGCCAACCGCACGCAAUCAAAACCCUUGGAAGCUCAGAUCUAGCGGAGCGUAGUCGACGUCUGCGUUUGGAGUCUGGCCACUCAACGGAACCAUUGAUUAUUGACGACGCUAGCGAAAUCGAUGAGGAGGAGGAUUGGGAGGAGAUCAACAAGGUAUCUGUUCCCCUCACCGUCUCUCUCGGAAUAAUCGGGCUGUACAUUAUUGGCGGCGCAGUUCUGUUCAAGUACUGGGAAGGCUGGGAUAUGCUGCAGUCGUCCUAUUUUUGCUUCAUCACCCUCAGUACAAUUGGAUUUGGAGAUGUGACCCCUGGGAGGGAUUUCAGCGACCCGCUGGCAAACGUACGCCUUAUCAUUGGUACGAUCUACUCGAUAUUUGGUAUGGCCAUUCUGUCAAUGUGCUUCACCCUGAUGCAGGAGGAAAUGACGGCGAAAUUCCAAUGGGUCGGCCGCAAACUCGGCGUCAUUGAGAAAGAUGAUGGUGAUGAAAGCGUCCAUGAAGAACUUGGCGGUGAUAGAAACCAGUCCGAAUGUUAAUUAUUAUUUCAAUAUUUGUAUUAAUCAACAAGAAAUAAAACAAACUGUGCUCCACAAAUUAAAUUAAAAAAGAGAAGAUAUUCCGACCCAAUAUUACCGUUCACGAUUCUUAAAGAACAGUUCCCUCAUCAUUAUUGAACAAGGACGUUAAACAAAUGAUGAAGGAAAAAUUUAAACUUGAUUUGAUUAUUUCCCUUUAUUAUAUAUUUUGUGAUAUUUCUUUUGCGUGUAUAGCUUAUCUGUACAGAUAGUAUUUAAAUCCUUAUAUUAAGUGCCGUUUAGAAAUAUUAGUCAAAGUACCAUCUGCAAAUGUAUGUUUUAUUUAGUGGUUAAAUUGUAUUAUGUAUUUUCUUAUUACAUUUAAAUAAUGGCUCCAGAUUGUUAGAAUGAGCUUACACAAAAAGGUUUUAUGCGACACUGUCGCAUAACUAUUCCUAUUGUGUAAAUACAUUCUAACAUUCUUUAUUUAAGUGGUCUACAUGAUAUUGUGUAAAUUUCCCAUAUAUAUAUAUAUCACUUCACCUGAUUAAAAUAAAUAACGGCUGAGUGCCUAAUUACUGAAAAAAAUGUACAGAAACAUGGGAUAUACUGCAUAAUCAUUGGACGAAAUAUAAUGGUGACCACUAAAACUGUUAUCAGUUUAUAAAUUCCUACUUUGUGUUACUGCGUGUUUUCAAUAAAUAUAAGAAAAAUAGUAUGGCUAACCAAAUCGAA